AUUACGCUUUUAUUCUGAAAGAGUUGCGGCGGAAGUGGCGUCGUUGUUGCUGCUGAUUGAACACAGGCCAGCCAAGAUGGCAGAGUACCUGGCGUCCAUUUUUGGGACAGAAAAAGAUAAGGUCAACUGCUCUUUUUAUUUCAAAAUUGGUGCCUGUCGACAUGGAGACCGCUGCUCCAGAUUACACAAUAAGCCAACGUUCAGCCAGACAAUUGCCCUCCUGAACAUUUACCGGAACCCUCAGAACAGUGCCCAGUCUGCUGAUGGUCUGACCUGUGCCAUCAGUGACAUGGAGAUGCAGGAGCACUAUGACGAGUUUUUCGAGGAGGUCUUCACAGAGAUGGAAGAAAAAUAUGGAGAAGUGGAGGAAAUGAACGUAUGUGACAACCUUGGGGAUCACCUAGUAGGAAAUGUCUAUGUGAAGUUCCGUUACGAAGAGGACGCAGAGAAGGCUGUGAUAGACCUGAAUAAUCGGUGGUUUAAUGGACAGCCCAUCCAUGCCGAGCUCUCUCCUGUCACAGACUUCAGAGAAGCCUGCUGUCGCCAGUAUGAAAUGGGGGAAUGCACUCGUGGUGGCUUCUGUAACUUCAUGCAUCUGAAGCCCAUCUCACGUGAGCUGAGGCGAGAGCUGUACGGGCGCCGCAGGAAGGGCCGUCACAGGUCUCGGUCCCGAUCGAGAGAGAGACGAUCUCGCUCGAGAGACAGAGGUCGAGGAGGUGGCCGUGACCAUGAGAGACGUCGCUCCAGAGACAGAGAGCGCUCAGGACGAUUCUGAACCACAAGCCAUGACUACUUGUCCUUCCACCCCUGUGUCCAUCCCCAGUCUGUUUUUUUAGGUUUGUACCCUCCCAGAUCUAUUCUAGGACUAAUUGAAAGGUACCCCAUUUUGAAGCUGUGACAGCAUUGAUGAACUUGUUGAUUUCUUGAUUUCUGAAAAUGACUUUCACCUCAUUAAAUUGAAAAUUUUUUCUUAAUGGGA